AUGUAUGUGUGUGUGCGUGUGUGCUUACGUCUGCUCGCUAUCUUAUGCGCCUCUGUCUGGCGCCAUGCCGAGAUCUGGCCAGAGUGCAGAUCGAGUAUGGCAACCACCGACAUCAUCCCUCCUAUGUCAAAGGCUCUCGCGGUUAAGGCGAAGAGGGAGCUUCGUGAGGAUCCUAAAACCAUCAGCGCCCAUAUGACAAGCAUCCGACGAUGGGCGACCUCAGUUCCGCACAUCGAAUUCCAUUUUGGUAAGCUACUCCCUAGCAAAACAACCCCAGCCAGGUUUGUGUGA